ACCAUUAAUUAUAUAAUGAUGUUACUGCUAAUAAUUAAUAAGCAUUUUUAUUAAUUGAUGAUACCCAAGUGCCAAGUGGGUAUGGGUUUCUUUGGCCAUGGAUUUGGUUCUCAUAUUGCUCUUGGAUUUCAUAUAUUUGAGCCUUGUCCCUGACACCUAAUUAGUAAUUGGUAUUUAAAAUUAGAAUUUAAAAAAAAAAAUUAAAAACAGGGUUUGUUCAAUUCCUGUUUGCUAAAACAUUGGUAAAACAAGUGUAAAUAGUGAUUUUAUUUAGUUUAUUAUGAAGAACAUACACAAAGAUAUGACAUAUAAUAACGUACAUACAUCAUACCAAGUAAUACAAUGAAGGUAUAACAAUACCUUCUAAGAUAUAAUUACAAUACAAAUACUAAUAAUUAUUAUUACUAAUAGAAAUUAUUAUUAUUAUUAUCAUUGCUAAUUAAAUACUAUUUUUACAACAAACUUUUGUCUUCUUUUGUACUAUGUGCUCAGUUCCAUUUGUGUUUCAUGAUUGUUUGUACUAUUUCUUCUCUCUUCGACAUGAUUAUUAUUUUUCUUAUUUUAUCUUUUCUUUUAUACUUUAACAACUUCUCUCCAUAGAACACUGAGGUUUUAUUUUAUGUUUUGCUUCUUUAUUGUUUAUUUAUACCUUAGAUAACAAAAGAUUUUCCUUCCUUAUUCAUGCCUUUUCCUUCUUUUUGACAUAAUUAACAAUAAGAGAUGGGAUUGCACUUGGUUUAAUAUUUCAUAAUUACUUUGUGAGCCCAAAAUUACUUACUAGAAAGCCUUUCACAGUUCAGUUUCAUUAUAAACAUACUUUUGCACAAAAUAUGUAUAAAAUAAUUUAAGAAACAGUAAAGAAUUAAUUUAAAAAAAAUUUAAAAGUAUAAUGAAACAAUUUAUUAGCAUGGGACAAAAACUGGACAAGAAAUGGGCUGAUUCUAUAUCUGUUUCAACAAACAAAUCUUUCUGUUUGAAGUGUUCACUGUCUUAACACAGAAAUUCACAGUCCUUGGCAAUGCUGGUACUGAGUCUUAAAAAACAUUGAAACCAUCUACCAAAAACUAAUGUAAAAAAAUGUCAAUUUGUAAACAUCUUUAAGAUUGUUUUGCCUUGAAAAACAAUACUCAAAUUUGACUUAGAACAAAUAUUUAAUCGAAUUGUGAAUCUGAAGGCACGCAAAGCAAAGUAUAGCAAAUGACUGAAGGAGGAAGUCGAAGUAAGACUGCAUCAUCAUCAUCAUCAUCAAGAUUUAUUAAAGAAUAAACUAUUUAUAUAUUGUUGUCAUGCACAAAACAGUUCUUUAUUAUCUUUAGAACAAAUAUUUCAUAAACUCUUUUCAGCCAGAUAGCUUUACGAAUUCUAAAGGGCUUGUUUAACCAACUGACGUAGAAAUUUAGAUAUUUCAAUAUUUUUAAUAUAAGUCUUUGUCUUUGUCAUCAUUCUGUUAAACAAAACAUACAACCUUAAUUUAUUAAUGAUUAGUAUUAAUGCAAUGAUAAUGAAUGUAUUCAGAUUUUGUCAAAUAUUAUUUCAAAAUUAUUAAAUUGUGACGCACAUGUAAUUCGUUAUCAGGAUCCAAGCUAAAAUCUCACAUAUCUAAAGAUUUGCUUAGCAACCAAAAAACAUGUGCCUUCUUUAAGAAAAUUGCUGAGCAACAAGAUAAAUCAAUCAAUAGUUUUGUAGGCAACAAGAUUCUAGUUCUCCCCACUGACUAAUUCCUUGUUGAUUUGCUGCCAGGACUCAACCAAAUCUUGUUUGCUCAGUUUUAAUAUAAAAAUAAAUUCCAAGAAUGGAUGAAGAAAGUGUAAACAUCUCAAAUGAGAAUAUCGAGCACCUGAUAUUCCGAUCUGAGCCAGAAGAGCUCAAAUUUCCGAUGUACAAGAGUAAGUUCAGCAAGCUUGUCCGGGAAGAAUCGAGGAUCGGAAAAGACUGCCACAAAACUUUUGGUUAUGCCACGGAUUUUCCAAAGGCAGAUCCAAAAAAAGACUUCCUCAAAAAGGGCACCCGAGUUGUCUGCAGGCCUCGGAUUGAAUAUACUAAACCUCCGACAAAAGUCUUAGAACAAGUGCCAAAGAAGGGUGAAUGGAAAAUCAUUGAACACAAACCCACACCCAAUUUUAUAAAACUGAAUAUUAAAAAAGUGCACAAUGCAAUACCACAGACCGGACCAAGUAGAUACGUGACAACAAAGGGUAUUCGAUUCCACAAUUGCAAUUUAUUGAUUCCAAAAUUUGUUUGGGGAGAGAAAUUUGGGAAAGUACCAGGUUACAUUUACAAAAUAAAAAAAGAACUUUCUGAUAAAAUCAAGGAGAAGGAAGAAAAAUGGAGGCUACGUGCUGAAAAAUAUAAAGCAGCAGAAACACUUAAACGAGUCUCUUCUGCUGAAAGACUAGAACUACUCAAUGGAUUGAAAACGGCAUGGGCCGGAUUGCAACGUGAGUUCCAGCUUUUACCCAUGCUAAAUGACACUCCACCAAAGAUCAAACGCAAGAGAUUCCUUGAAGAACAGCUCAAUGCUCUGGAGAAGGAAAUCCAAAUGAUUGAAGGCCACCAAAUCAUCUAUGUAUAUGAAGACCCCAAUGACAACACCUGCAACAACAAGGCCAAAGAUAUUUGCUAUGAAUAAUUACUUCCUCAAUGAUAUCAGCAAAUUACCAAAAUCUAGAAUACGACUUUGUAUCUUCUAACUAAUUUUGAUAUUUGCAUUCUAAAAAUAUAUACAUAUUUGGAAUU